AUGAGUUUCGUACCAAUUAACCCCCGCCCAUUCCUUCAAAACCUCGUCAACGAAGAAGUAAUCAUUCGUUUAAAAUGGGGCGGUCAAACCGAAUAUAAGGGCAAGCUUGUCAGUAUCGACAGUUAUAUGAAUAUUCAAUUAUCCGGUGCCGAGGAGUGGAUUGAUUCGGAAAUGACGAGUACUUUGGGUCAAGUCUUGAUUAGAUGCAAUAACGUCCUCUAUAUAUCAGCCGCACAAAUCAAGAAGGAAGAAGAUGAUACGAAGAUGGAGGGAUGA